AUCACAUAUACACAGGCAAGAUAUUAAGUUGGUAAAAUAGAGCAACUCAGCUUUUUGAGUAGCCUCAUUGGAGUUUUUAAUGAAGUUCUCUUUCUGUUAUUUUAGAACAUCCCUCAUGUUUGCGGCAUGGUAUAGUUCGGAAAACAUAGUGAACAUUCUUCUUGAACUAGGGGUUGAUGUGCUUUCUGAAGACAUUGCUGGACAUUCUGCUGGGGAUUAUGCUCUUCAAAAACGUAAUAUGGAAAAUUACCAACUCAUUUCGUUUUCUCGAAGAAAUGCUGUACUUAAGACUGUAAAUACAAAUCCAGGAGCAGAAGAUGAAGCUAAAGAAUCAACUUCGGACCCUGAGAGGCAGAAGACAGAGCCCUGAAGCUUGUGCCCAGCAAUUCAGCCCUAGAGGCAGGGACCUGCUGUCUGCCCCGUAAAGCAGCCUGGCUCUGACUGUGGGCAGGGGCAAGUGGGAGGUGGAAUCUGGGGACUCCUGGUAGCAUCAGGGCUACUUGCUGUCCCCAACACACGAUAGAGGAUAGCCGCAGUGUUGCUGCGACCACUCGGGUCUGGGGAUUUGGAAAGAGGCAAAAUGGAGUCUUCCUUAGGGCAAAGAAGGCCCUCAGUCACAGUCAGCUUUCUAGGUCAAUGAAAACUGAGGAUUGUGGAAUUCUGUAGUUAGGGCCACUGCUCUGCCAUGAUGGUGGGAAUCUUAGAGCCUUCUGCUUACUCUCCUCAGUGAGAUAGAGUCCCCCUGGCCAU